GUCGGCUGGGUGACUUCGUCUCAACAAGCUCCGCAGAGGCCGGAGAUGAGACGGGACUUUGGAUCCUUGCCCCUUGCGUUCUUCCUUUUCUUGGCGUUGCGGAUCCUGCCAGGCGAUGGCAACCAGGGCAGUGUCGCUGGGAGUUGUUCCUGUGAUCGUACAAUUCCUUCUGGCACCCGGGUACCGCAGUCUACUUUGGAUCAUAUCCGAAAAUACCUGAAAGCAUUCCAUCGUUGUCCAUUCUUUAUCAGGUUCCAUUUGCAGUCCAAGAGCGUGUGUGGGGGAAGCCACGACCAGUGGGUUCGUGAACUAGUGAACUGCUUCGAGCUCAAAGAGUGUGGAACGGGUCAUGGGAAGAGUUCUCACCACCAAAAACAUUUGCUUCAAGCCAGUACCCGGACCCCUGAGGCCACAGAGGGCACACCUCCACACACAAGCACCCCUGCACAGACCUCUGAGGCCACAAAGGGGACACCUCCAGACACGAGCACUCCUGCACAGAUUCAGAGCACUCAGCAGUCCACUCUUCCAUCUGGAGCACUGUCUUUGAACAAAAACCUAACCCAACACUGGGAGACGACCAUUCUCCCUUCAGGCUACCGUGUGAAAGCUAGGUCUGAGGCUGAGGCAAAUGAGAAACAGCAAGAUGACAAACAGCAAAAAGAAGCAGGAGCUGGAGCUGGCACACCAGCCUUGGUACCGGUGCUGUCCCUCCUGGCCAUUGUCUUCUUCCUUGUGGCAGCCAUGUUCUAUGUCGUGUGCCACAGGAGAGAGACACGGCAGAGCUCUUCAGAUCUGCAGCUCUGCUACACACUUGUUGAACCAAGACCCCAGCGCCUGCAGCAAGAAUGGAGGCUCGUAAGAGAUGAUGCGGGGGAGGUGGCAGACAGGGCGGCAGGCUAGGCUCCCCGAUCAAUGAACCUGAGCUCAUGCUUUCUCAUGCUAUUUGAGACAAAGUACCUGUGUAUAACCUAGGACAGCUUUGAACUACUGAUCCUUAGCCUCUACCUCCUAGAUUCUGGGAUUAAAGACAUAUGCUACCA